AUGGCGAGCCGGGUGACCAUUCUGCGGUUCAGCCCGCCUGGGGUAAUCGACGUCGACGCCACGCCGUUCUUCGAGAGCCCUGGAAAAGGCGCGCGGAACGAUUGGGACGGCGACAUCGGCAUUCGCUUCGUGGCCUGCGUGACUUUCGCGGUGACGCACCUCGGGCGCGCCUGCGCGGCGGGCGGCCGCCUGCGGGAGGCGGCCGCGGUGCAGCUGUGGUGCGCGGAGACCACCCGGGCCUUGCUCGCGGAGGCCGACGUAGGGCCCAGCUCGCCUGUGGAGGAGGCGUUCGCCUUCGAACCCUUGGCGGGCCGUGUGGAGCUGCAGGGCGGCCAGGAGUACCGCUUGUCGCAGAGGUGCCGGGCGGGCAUGCCCGACCUGUGGCCGGACGCGCGGGCGGAGGUUGGUGCCGGCUGGCACGACCCCGUGGAGGCCGCUGCCCUGGCCGAGGCUGGCCAAGGCGGGCCACCGUGGGCGGUUGCGUACGCCACCUUCGUCGGAGGCGCGUACAACUUCGACGGCGGCUACCCGUCCUUCGACGACCUCUCCGGCCGUCGUGUUGGCAUGGUGAAUCUUAAGAUUCUUGAUGGGGCACGGUGGUGGCUUGCUGUCCUGACGUUGGAUCCCGCCGCCCACAUCUCGGAGCUCAAGGCGGCGCUGGAGGAGGUCACAGGCCUGCCGCCCGCGCGGCAGCGCCUGGCGCUCGGGCACCGCGCCCUGCUGAGCGCGGGGGAGACGCUGGCCGCCGCCGGCGUCGGCCACGGCGCGCUGCUGACGCUGGAGAUGCUGAGCGGCACGCAGGCAGUGACGUGCGCAGGGCAUACCGCGCGCGUGUGGAACGCAGAGGACGGCUCGUGCGUCUGCACAUUGGAGGGCCACGAGGACGACGUGCUCGUCGCCGAAUUCUCUCCCGACAGCACGCGGGUCAUUACAGGAGGGAUCCGCGGACGGGAGCGCCAGAAUUUGGAGCGUCGUGGAGAGCGGCGAGUGCUUGCGGGUGCUCGCGGGCCACUCCGACCAGGUCCAGGACGUGGCCUUCAGGCCGCCGCUGGGUGA